AUGGCUGUAGUUGUUGAUCAUGCUCAUGGAUUUAGGCCACUUGCUCGACUCCCAAGAUGCAGACUCCAAUCUUACUCUCACUUCGAUCCUACCAUGCUUGAAUUCACCCAUAACAUCACACAUCCCUCCAAUCUCACCCCUAAUUUUCACAGAAGCUAUUCCACCCCAUGCCUUUCCUUAGCCACAAAAGCAAAGGAAGAGUUUGAAUCCCCAAAUCCACGAAUCGAAAUCAUCAGCGGUCGUAAGGCUCCAAUGGUUCACGCCCUUGUAGCCGAGGUUGCAAUCGCAUUAGCAUCCGGGGUCAAACCCAAACCCGUGUCCAGUGGUCUUGGUGGGGCCUACUAUCUACAAUCAAGAAAAGGCAACACUAUUGCAGUCGUUAAGCCAGCCGAUGAAGAACCACUAGCCUUCAACAAUCCUAAAGGGUUUGCGGGUCGGAUGCUGGGUCAACCCGGGAUGAAACGCUCCAUCCGAGUUGGCGAAACGGGGCUCCGGGAACUCGCUGCUUAUUUGCUUGACCAUGAUGGUUUUGCAGGCGUCCCUCCUUCAGCACUUGUCAAAAUCUGUCAUGUCACGUUCAACAUAAACAAUUCAACUUCAACUUCAACUUCAUCUCCACCCUUCAAAAUCACAUCAAUACAACGAUAUGUAGAGCACGAAACAGAUGCAGGAGACUUGGGACCUUCCGGAUUCUCAAUCAGUUCAGUUCACCGUAUCGGGAUCCUUGACAUCCGGCUUCUUAAUCUGGACAGACAUGCGGGAAACAUGCUUGUGAAGAAUUUCCAUGGAAGUUAUGCUGCUGGGGUGGCUGAACUUAUCCCAAUUGAUCACGGGUUUUGUUUACCCGAAUCAUUAGACGACCCGUAUUUCGAAUGGCUCCAUUGGCCCCAAAGUUCAAUGCCCUUUUCAGAAACAGAAGCCGAGUAUAUCUCAAAUCUUGACCCGUUUAAAGAUGCUGAACUUUUAAGAACCGAACUUCCUUUAAUCCGAGAAUGCUCCGUACGUGUUUUCAUACUUUGUACAAUUUUCUUGAAAAGGGCGACAUGUGCUGGACUUUCUCUUGCUGAUAUUGGUCAAAUGAUGACUAGAGAGUUCAUCGGAGGUGAAGAGAAUUGGAGUAUUUUGGAAAAUAUUUGCAUGAACGCGAAAGCUAAAUUGGAGGCCGAAUUAACAACAAACACAAGUAAUGAAGUCAAAGAUGAUGAAAUGUUUGCGUUUGAUGAGAAUUUGAACACGAACGAUGACGUUUCAAUGCAUCCGGCAUCCGUAAAACCACAAAAAACAAUGAAAUUUUUAGCCGUUGAUGCGCGUUUGGCAAGAUUAGUACAAGAAUGUGAUAUAAAAGAGGGUGGGUGUGGUCCGAAUCCGAUGAUACUAAGAAGUGUAAGUUUUGCGGGUCAUAACAACAAUCAUGAGAAUGGGGUGUGUGUUUCGUUUGAGGAAAUUAAGGAAGACGAAUGGUUAUUGUUCUUGGAGUGUUUUGAGGAGCUUUUGCCAGAGGCUUUUGAGGAGAAAAAGAGCACGAGCUUGUUUAAACAGAGGUUAGGAAGUUCUUGUGAAUUCUGA